GGGAGCUGCAGACUGAGAGACAGAGGAGAGUGCUGGAGAGAGCAGAGACCGGCAGCACAAGGCAGCAGCAUGUCUGUUUCUAUCUGACGACUCUUGGAUCUCCCCGAGCACAGCUGUCGGGCUGCUGCUGCUGACGACUUGUGUGCUCACUCGGUGAGGGAGCGCUUGAGCGCGUAGUAUACACCAGAGUUUACCAGUGGCUAUGCAUGUUCAACUCUACUGGUUUUCAUAGCACUACCACACGUGUGAGAAGAUUUAACCAGCUUUGCACUGGACCUGACUCAACACCCAUGAUCCCCAGCCAACCCUGGCAUACCCUCUCAUUAAGUGAAUCAGUCUAAGAUGAUGCAGGGUGAAGUGGAACAAGAAGGACCUUCCACACUGAGGUGUAGAUGAAGAGCUGCAGGCAACAGUCGGAAUCCAACUUCUGAGCAAGAUGGGAAAUGCCUCCGAAACAUUUCUGUUCAUGUCUAAAAUAUCAAAAGACAAUGACUUCAUCAUGGGAACGCUCUACACCAUUUUUGGUGUGCUGUCGGUGCUUGGAAAUGGCAUCCUGCUGUUCGUGGCCUAUAGAAAGAAGUCCUCCUUAAAGCCAGCAGAGUUCUUUGUGGUAAACCUGUCCAUCAGUGACCUGAGCAUGACCGUAACCUUGUUUCCAUUUGCAAUACCUUCAACCUACACACACAUGUGGUUGUUUAAUGAGACAGCCUGUACUGUGUAUGCCUUUUGUGGUGUUUUGUUUGGCCUGUGCAGUCUGACCAACCUAACGGUGCUCUCCUGUGUCUGCUGGCUCAAGGUCUGCUGUCCUAACUACGGUAACAAGUUUUCAUAUGUCCAUGCAUGCCUGCUGGUUGCAGGCAUCUGGUGCUACGCUGCAGUCUUUGCUGUCGGUCCCCUGUCGGGCUGGGGAGAGUACGGGCCUGAGCCUUAUGGUACAGCAUGCUGCAUCAACUGGCAUGCGCCGAACUAUAAUUCUGCAGCUAUGAGCUACAUCAUCUGUCUCUUCUUCUUCUGCUAUAUUUUGCCCUGCACUAUAAUUUUUCUUUCCUACACAUUCAUCCUGCUGACUGUCCGUGGCUCACACCAGGCUGUGCAGCAGCAUAUGUCCCCACAGAACAAGAUCACCAAUGCACAAGCACUUAUCGUUAAGCUUUCAGUGGCAGUUUGCAUCGGUUUCCUGACAGCAUGGAGUCCAUAUGCUAUUGUGUCUAUGUGGGCAGCGUUUGGUAACUCAACAACUGUACCACCUAUAGCUUUUGCUGUGGCAGCUAUCUUUGCCAAGUCCUCCACCCUUUACAACCCUAUCGUCUACCUGGCUUUCAAGCCCAAUUUUCGCAAGUCCUUGUGUCGAGAUGUGGCGAAUUGCAGAAGGAGACUCUGUGGAUGUUUGUGCCAGGGUGGCUCUGCAGAGAAGGGAAUUUGCAGGCAGUCCCAUCACAAAGAAGAAUGCAACUCUACAAGGUUAUCCAAUGGGUUACCAGAGAACCACAGGACCUGCAGACACUGUCCUUGCCCAGAAACAGACAACGGUAAUAGAGAAAAUUGUAUAGACUACAGUCUUCAGCAAACCGCCAGGAUUCUUCAAGGAUCCGUACACAGUGAAGUGGCUGUCAGCCAGCUCUCCAAUGAGAUGCAGAGUGACUUUCUCUAGAGGAACAAGUGGAAAAUGAAGUAUGAAGCAAAAAGUGGCACGAAUGAAGCCCAAAUAACAGUAAGUGCAAGUUGGGGGAAAAGUGAAAAUGCAAUCAAACAAACAAAAAUGGUAAGACUGAUUUAAAA